AUGAAUCGUCUUGCAAUUGAGACGGUGGGAGUCUCCAGGUUGCAGAUGAAGCAUCGUGUGUUUCAUUAUCAACAACGGUGGCAGCUAGCACGAAGCCAAUCGUUUUGGUUUUGUAGUUCCCGAGCAACCAGCAGGAAUCUUAUGAAUCCAAAUCAAGCCCAGGCUGAGUUUAGGUGUCCCAAAUUUCCUGUCAUUUUGAUAAAAUGGAAUAAAAAAAUCAUCGCUUUACAGUCAAUAGGAUCACCAUCAAGAUUGGUCUCUGAUGCUGGUGUCUUGCAUGAUUGGUGUGAACCAUUUCCCACUUAUCCACUGACAUACGACAUGCUUCAUGCAAAUGGGCUCCUUUCGUACUUUAUAAACCGUUGCGUAUUUGCAACUUCAAUCGCGAAAGAAGAAUCCGACAAGUUAGGAACUGUUAUCGGGAUUGAUCUCGGGACUAUCUAUUCAUGUGUUGGUGUUUAUAAGAACGGACACGUUGGAAUCAUAGCCAAUGAUCAAGGAAACCGUAUCACCCCAUCGUGGUUGACUUUCAUGGACAAUGAGAGGUUGAUCGGUGAGGCGGUCAAGAAUCAGGCGGCUAAAAUCUAUCACAUUACUGUGGCAAAGGAUUCUUCACGAUUCGGUUCUGUUGGAGAGGUUUCGAUCAAUUUUGCAAGUUAUGCAGAGGCUACAAAGCUUUCUUCUCUAUCUCUUCCUCUUAUAAACGCUAAUUCUGGAGCUGUAUUGCAUGUAUCGAUUCAAAGGGUGCAACGGACUUCUGAUCAGAGGGACAUUGAUGGAAUUUGUGAUGACGGUCAUCAUGAUCGAAGCUUAAGGUUACACUUUGGCAAUGGUGACGUAGAAGAGAGUUCCGAUGCUUUUUCUAUGAUAAAUCUGUACAGUACUUUGAAUGGCUUUGGUUGUCAUUGUGGUCAACCAUGCAGCGGGAAGUUAAUAGGCGCUCUUUGCCUGUCGGAAGCUCUAAACGACCUAGAAUCUAAACCUAACAUCCGAAUCAUCAACGAAACCUCCUUUCACCUCGACCGUAAUCAAACCUACGCAGAAAUGACCUCAGAAAAAAACUUACGCAGAGUGCUUAGAUCUGAAUUAGAUCGAUCAUUAUCAAAAGACAACAUAAUAAUCGUCGAUUCCGGAAAUAGCAUAUACGGUUACCGAUACGAGUUAUGGACCCUAAUGUUUGCUGUUUCUGUUGGGCUGCUGCAAAUUCAGCAGACCAUAUGUUUACCGGAUGUUUUGUAGCUGCAGUGGCUUGGUUUAAAAAAGUUCGCCUUAAGCGCGCUUAAGCGCAAAGCACAUCUAGGCGCAAACCCCAUCGCCUUGUGCGACAUAAGGCGCACGAUGUACAAGAAGCGCAGCUGAGGCACGCUUCAGUGAGACCCCCGGCUCGAUAACAAGGUAUCAUGGUUUGAAUUUUUAUAAUCAGCAUCAGCAAAUAACUUUUCUGCAAAUCAACAGUUUGACUUUCUGAAGUCAGCUUGGUUCAUCCAUUCUUCUUAAGCCAAAUCCUCAAAUGCAAGCUUGAAUUGUUCAGGUGUAAGAAACUACAAGAGCUGAGUUAAAAUGUAGCAUAAUUGCUUAAAUGAAGUGAUAAUGCUAUGUUUUUUUUAAUAUCAACAGAUUAUUUCCAGCAUGAAAUGAAGUGAUAAUCCUUUAUGUUUUUAGAAUACAAUUCCUUUAUAAAGUGGUUUUUUGAA